AUGAAGAUCAGAUGGCAGGCCGUCAUUGGUAUACGAAUUUCAUGCGCCGACACUCCGAACUCGUUUUACGCUCCGGAACAGACCUCCAUCCACCAUGUGAAAGCCUUUUGUAAGACAAAUGUUGACAUGUUCUUCCGGAAUUUUGGUCAGUUGAUCGAUGAGCAUCACUUCGAAGUAACUCAUAUUUACAAUAUGGAUGAAACAGGGUUUUCAACAGUUGCGACGAAACUAGGCAAGGUGAUUGCUUUGAAGGGAACGCGACAUGUCGGAAAGCUUGAGGCCGCUGAAAGAGGAACGAUGAUCACAAUGGCGUUAACCGUUAAUGCUGCUGGCAACAGCAUUCCACCGUUUUUCCUCUUUCCCAGAAAGAAAAUGCAGACCACCUUCUUAGACAAUGUCUCAUUCGGGACUGUUGCUAUCGAUAUUGCCGUUUCCAAUGGAGUACACAUUCUAUCCUUCCCACCGCACUGCAGUCACAAAUUGCAGCCCUUGGACGUGUCUGUCUUCGGACCGGUGAAGACUUAUUAUAAGUCGCAGUGUGCCGCUUGGCAAAAAAAUAAUGCUAACAAGGUGUUAGAAAUUCGUCACGUUGCUGGCUUGGUCUGUAAAACUCUUGAUCUUGCGCUGACGCCUAAAAUCAUCAAAUCCGGCUUCAGAGCUACUGGAAUCUUUCCGUUUAAUCCAGACAUCUUCAGCGUUUCUGACUUUGUUCAAGCUGUCCGGCAAAAUGAAAUAGAAACUGCGUGCGAAACUCGUGUUGAUGAAGUGGAGCAGCGCCGAAUCGUCGUGCUUGGGUCAACUAUUGAACGUGAGGAGGUUGAGACUGGGCACGAAAUGGGACGUAAGGAGGUUGUGUUUACCACAUCUGAACCUUCGACAUCACGAAUAUCUUUCGAACCAUUGACAUCGAGAGCGUCUUCAUUGAGCUCCCUAUCACUUUUGGAAGAAAUUGGUCCUCUACAAGCGGCUACACCAAAGAAGCCUUCGAAUCGGGGUCGAAAACCGAUGCAAAGCGCCGUUAUCACUUCUCCUGAAUGCAUUGCUUCUCUCAACGAAAAAGCAACUAAGACAGCUGCUAAACAACUGACUAAGCAAGCGGUUAAGCGAGGCCGGAAAGCCACUAAGCGCACCAAGGCAACACUAUCUAAACCAUCGGCUAAGCGCAUUAAGGCAAAGGAGUCUUCACCAUCUGACGAUGAUGUGGACUUCUGUAUCAUCUGUCUGGACCUCUUACCACGAAACUUGACGGCCGAAAACUCCAUUAAAUGCAAUGAAUGUAGUCGUUCAGUGCAUUUGAAGUGCGCUGAAAUGCGUGCCAGCUACUUCACGUGCAAGCAUUGUGCUUCUGAUGAAAAGAGCGAUGAGUGA